CGGAGAGCUGGCUGUGCGCAGGUGCGAGGACCGGGACACCCAGCGCCGGGGCGUCUCGGCGGGUCCCUGGCGGCCGCGGUCCCGAGGUAGCAGCCAGCCUUCAAGGGCAGGAUGGAUCUCGAUGUGGUUAACAUGUUUGUGAUUGCGGGCGGGACACUGGCCAUUCCAAUCCUGGCGUUCGUAGCCUCCUUUCUCCUGUGGCCUUCCGCGCUGAUCAGAAUCUAUUACUGGUACUGGCGGAGGACGCUAGGCAUGCAGGUCCGCUAUGCCCAGCACGGGGACUACCAGUUCUGCUACUCCUUCCGGGGCAGGCCGGGCCACAGGCCGUCCAUCCUCAUGCUGCACGGGUUCUCAGCUCACAAGGACAUGUGGCUCAGCGUGGUCAAGUUUCUUCCAAAGAACCUGCACUUGGUCUGUGUGGACAUGCCGGGACAUGAAGGAACCACUCGCUCCUCCCUGGACGACCUGUCCAUAGACGGACAAGUGAAGAGGAUACAUCAGUUCGUCGAGUGCAUCAAGCUAAACCAAAAGCCCUUCCACCUCAUCGGCACUUCCAUGGGGGGUCACGUGGCCGGAGUGUACGCUGCCUGUUACCCUUCGGACAUCUCCAGCCUGUGUCUCGUGUGCCCUGCUGGGCUGCAAUAUUCAACUGAUAAUCAGUUUGUACAGCGGCUCAAAGAGCUGCAGGACUCGGCCUCCAUGCAGAAAAUCCCCCUGAUCCCAUCCACCCCGGAGGAGAUGAGCGAGAUGCUGCAGCUCUGCUCCUACGUGCGCUUCAAGGUGCCCCAGCAGAUUCUGCAAGGCCUGGUCGAUGUCCGCGUCCCUCACAACAACUUCUACCGGAAGUUAUUUUUGGAAAUCGUCAGUGAGAAGUCCAGAUACUCUUUGCACCAGAACAUGGACAAGAUCAAGGUUCCAACACAGAUCAUCUGGGGCAAACAAGACCAGGUGCUCGAUGUGUCUGGGGCAGACAUCUUGGCCAAGUCCAUCGCCACCUGCCGAGUGGAACUCCUGGACAGCUGUGGGCACUCGGUGGUGAUGGAGAGACCCCGGAAGACCGCUAAGCUCAUCAUGGACUUCCUAGCUUCGCUGCACGGCGCGGACAACAGCAAGAAGCUGGACUGACGUCCCUCCGGCUGCCCUCGCCGCCUCCCCCCCCCCUCAGGGACCCCGCCCCAGACGCGGCUCGAGGGCACCGUGGCCCUGAGAAAGCCAGUCUCCCGUUUCCCAGUAGUUUGAUUCCACAGAGCUUCAGGGGCCACAAGGAACUCUCCAAGAUGUUUUCUCCUCACAAAAUGGAACAAGAAAUGCAAACCCAGCCUUGAAACCCACCAAGAAGUCUUCAAGACCAUGUCGCUGAUGAGCUUGUGCCAAGCAGCCACCUUCGACCACAGCCAUUUUCUUUGAGACGUGACUAAGGCCCUGAGACUCAAGCUACUUUUGUCAGUUCAGUGUAUUUCCCCGCAUGGUCAUUGGCUUCUAUAGGACCGUCAGUCAUUCAUUGAAUUCUCUUAUUUAAUUCUAAUUCAAGUUUUGUGUGUAGACUCGUGUUUGAACACAGCCCAUCAGCUGCCAAGACCAGGAAAGGUAAACUGACAAGGAGAGGUUUCUGACGCUGGGCUGGUGGCACAAGUUUGUCCAUCCCAGCUACUGGAAGGCUGGGGCAGGAGGAUCACAAGUUUAAGUCCUGUGAGCUACAAAAUGAAUUCAAGGCCAGCCUGGGCAAUUUAGUGAGAUCAUGUCUCAAAAAUAGGAAAAGAUGAAAAUGUUUCUGCCUUUUUUUACAUGUGGAAACAUGCGGAGGGACACAGUUUCUCUGUGGCCAUCCGUCGGAGCUGCCAAAGGAGCAGAAAAUACUGCUUUGUAGGUGUUUUUUCUUUUUUUCCAGUACCUUCAAGUUAUGUAUGUCGUGAGUGAACCCAGAAUGACUGCAGCACGAAGAACACCCGGCAGAGUGGGUUUCCUAGAAGUAACUUAUGAUUUAAGAAAAUAGGACUAACAAAGCAAUAAUGUUCUAGAAACUUCUCUAAUCAGACACAAGCUCCACACUGAAGCAACUUGCGGGUAUGUUUUCUAUCUUGCUGUGCUACUGAAACCCUUGGCUGUAAAAAUACUAGUUUGUUAAUGAAUUCUGUGAAUUCUGUGAACAAUAAGGUGAAUGAGAAUAAGUCUAAACAGCUGUUAAAGUGACCACAAUGAUGUGAAAUAAAUUUUAAUAAAUCUAGACUGGCAA